GCUCUGCGCUCCACUCUACUGCGCGCAACAGAGCAGACAACAUACAUUAUGGAUCUUUAUCGAAGCACCAGAGCCAACCAGAUGGAUUAUAACGCCGAGGGUCGAGGCCCGAAGGCCGGAAAAGCUUUGACCAACACCGACGAGCGGCUGGACAGUGGACUGGACUCUCUAAAGGAGGAGGAAUACAACGAAGUAGCCGCGGAUCUGGGGCGGCUGCGCGUCCAGAGCGCUCCUCCCCAGGAGGGCCCGGAGCAGGAGGGCGCGGACUGGAAGAGAGAAGUGACCGAGGAUGGAGACACGUACUUGCAUCUUGCCAUCAUUCAUGAGGCUCAGGAUAUGGCGAUGAAGAUGAUUGACAUGUCAGUUAACGACCCUUUCCUCAACAAGCAGAACCACCAAAGACAGACUGCACUGCACCUGGCCGUGUACACCGAGCAGCCUCAGAUCGUCGAGCGGCUGCUGAAGGCCGGCUGCGACCCCACGUUAGUGGAUAACAAUGGCAACACAGCGCUCCACAUAUCCUGCCGCACAGGUUCCCUCACGUGCUUCGGCCUUCUCACGCAAAACUGCCCUGACCAGCUCCCGGCUAUUCUCCAGACGCCCAACUACAGCGGCCAGAAAUGCCUACACCUGGUUGCCAUCCACAGCUACCUCUCACUGGUGGAAAGUCUCAUCUCUCUUGGAGCAGAUAUCGACGCACAGGAGCAGUGUAAUGGGCGGACGGCUCUCCACUUGGCUGUGGACCUCCAGAAUUUGGAGCUGGUGAAGCUCCUGGUCAGCAAAGGCGCCAACGUAAACAGCCUGACGUACGGCGGCCACACGGCGUAUCACCUGACCUACGGCCGUCAGGACGCUGAAAUCCAGAAGAUUCUGUACGACAUCACGGCACAGAACCUCCGAGAACUGCCCGACAGCGAGUCCGAGGACACCGAGGAUGACUCCGACUAUGACGCGAUGUCCGAUGAUGAGAUGUAUGACGAUAUUAAAGUGAUGGGGUCGAAAUAGAGUUCGGUGGAGGUUCGGAGAGUUCCAGAAUGAAGAAGUUGAGUCCGUUCAUUUUAAAACGGCAUCCAGGAACGACCAGCAGCCCCCACAGGCCCAGGAGGCCAGGGGUCAGAGGUCACACAGGUCUGCAAGUGCCAAUGAGAAGAAGCGUAGGAUGAGAAGGUUCUCGAAACUUUCAAGACAAUAAAGGACCGAGAACACUGGAGAGCCGACGCUCUUUCUGAUGGACUUUGAUGAAGUUCCUGCAGAAAAUCCUUAAUCUGGAGUACUGAUGUACUGCGGUGUAUCAUACUGUGUAUAAAGACUUAUAAAGAUUUAUUUUUAUAAAGACAAAUGUAAAUGUAUACAGAGUGAGCGUGUGUGUGUGCGCGCGUGUGUGUGUGUGUGUGUGCUUGCGCGUGUGGAAAAAUGCAACUGUAAAUUUUCCUUUUUUUUCUGGUGGAAAAUCCCAGAAAGCUCCAGUAAAUUAAAACCCUGAAACUGCAAAGUA